ACUUGCACCGCGAAUACCGCGUGAAUCCUCUCUCCAGCUCAGUCAAUACUAUACCUUCUACACAAGACUCCCCAAAAGAAGGAGUCCAACAACAAACAUGCACAUCUCACCCACCAUCGCACUCUCCCUCGCGCUGCUCAUCUCGACGGCCACGACCUCUCCCGUAUCCGCCGUGCAGAUGGGAUCCAAACACAACCUCUACCUAGUGACCUGCACGCAGCGCACAUCCGGCUUCCCAGACUGCCCCCUCCUGAUCUUCUGCUCGCAGCCCGUCACCUCCUCGCUAUCGAAGCGCCAACUCCGGCCCGCGAAAUCCUACACCGCAGUCGCAUACUACGCCAACGGCCCCAUCGAGACGCUACCCGGCCGCAACACGAACCCGACGGCCAUCGCGACGGUCGAGGACCCCGCCGCGGCGUGGGAGGGCACGCAGCGCGUCGCGAAGCUGUCGCUCGGCGGCGGCGCGGGUGCGUUCUCGAGCAGCAUCGAUGUCGGCGCGAAGACGCUGGACAAAGGGCAGAUUGCGGGAGAGGCGAGGCUCGAUGCGGAGGACUUUGCCUGCUUUAGAGAUGGGAAGACGGGGUUCGUUGGGAGGGAUGUGUUUGGCGAUGAGACGUAUAGGUGCACGGCGGAUUAUUGGUGUCCUAGUAUCCAGGUGUGAGGGUGUAAGUGGGCGUGGUGGAUGGAUUGGAUGUAGUUUGAGAUUGUCACUGUUAACUAUUGUUGUUGUUGGGAAGCUAUUUGCAUCCUAUGUUAUUCAUUAUUGAGGUUAAUGCGUUUACCAAUGGAAGAAGUCGUGUUUGCCCGACCUGGACCAGAUUUCGUUACUGGCACUCAGCAUCGAUCCGCGAGAGUGCUAAAGCGAUUGAAUUGUGACCGUAAUUUCGAAAAGAGCCUCAUGUCAGCAAUUGACAAUCAUCUCCCAGCAUCGCCAU